CUCAACACUACAAUCGUGGUCCCUACACGGCGGGACGACAUCAGCAAACUUCCCUUCCGUACUCCGGUCUUGAGUUAGCCACCCACUCUCUCUUGAACUGAGGCGACAUGUACCUUGCUUUAGGUCCUUUUCUGUCAUGGCGACUUAGCCAAGUCCGGGUACGCACGCACGCUAGACGUAGGAACAAGUGGGCACACGUGGGUUGGCAGAUUGCCUCUUCCCCAUUGUACGCGUUUAGGUAUACGGCCAUGCUCGAGUCGUGAGGUAGGUACUCUUGUCGUACUAUCUCACCGUCUUCCUCUUAUAUGAUCUACUUGGUGCUUCCCUGCCCCGGAGAUCUGGGUCGUCAUCGCCAAAUCUGCCUUUUCUUCUUCCCCCAUACAGGGGCGUUGUGCUGCACCCUCGUCCUCAUCACUUUGUCACCUCGUCACCUCAACACCGAAUACAACCCAACAACCAACCUCUCUUAUCCUCCUACCUCUUACUGGGCCGCAAUUGCUCCGACCCAAAAUUUCCCCGGAUUCUUCGGAACCCUUCUUUUUUUUGCACCUUCGGUUCUGCCAUCUCGUUCAGGUCAUUAUCCCGUGACUGCCUCGGUGCAGCGCUGGCCGGUGUCCACUAUCGCGCGCGCCUCCAAAAGAGGAUACUGAGCAUGUGCCAUUGAGCCAAUCCCCCGGAACCCCCGGCUGCAAAUUGCGACCUUCAAAUACCGUCACUUUGCAACCCAGCCCUCACAGCAUCUCGAUACAUACAUCGUACAGUUCACAAUGGUUGCUAUGUCUCAAAAAGAAGGCCUCAUCGCGAGGCCGAGUUCGCCGCCGCCGCCGGCUCUUGAAAGGGUUCCGUCUGAAGACCCCAUGUAUGGUGACGAUGACCAAGACGACGCCCAAGCCGUCAUGCAGCCUGCGUUGAGCGUUGCUGCGACCCGUCUUACUCUACCGCAAACAUCUGCUGCCGAGAGGGCUGCUGCUUUGGAAAGAAAAAGAUCGGCUGGUAACAUAUUCGAACCUGGUCCAUCGAGCAGUGAUGAUGCCGCCAGCUCGCCCGAGUUGACGCCCUUCCCCGACGAGAUCCCUACCGAUUUUGAGACGGAGCCAGAACUGCGCAUAUCCCCAGCACCACCCCGCAGACGACAAUCGCAAAAGCUUCAGAAAGCAAGGCCUGCCCCGAAGGAUUUGCCCUCGCCCUGGCAGUCCAGUCCAAGAAACACCUUCUUCGUCGGCGGGGAUGGCGAGGCGCCCAAGAACGCUCUUGAGUCCAUAUCAUUCGGCCAGACAAGGCACAAACGCUCCUCCUCCACGGGAGCCGACGCGCUCAAGAGGUUUUCAAAUGCCUUCUCCUCAUUCCCAGCACCUUCCUCAAUCUUCAAUUCAUUCUCCUUCUUCACCGCGGCCGCGGAGAGGGCCGAGCCCAAGUCGCCAGUCGACCAGCGGAAGCCAGCGCAGGCUCAGGGCGGAAGGCCGUAUAGCAACACGGCUCCCAUGUCCAGCGGUGCCAAUGGACUCCCUCGAUCACAGACCAUGUCCAAAGAUGCGCCGGGGAACCGCCCUUCUGUGUCUUCAGGGAGGCCUUCCACCACAAGGCCUCGCGUACUAAGGAAAGUCACUUCGGAUGAUUCGCUCUUGUAUCACUCUCUGUCCCGCACAUCGUCAAUCGGGGACGACGAUGGCAGGUUUGACCACGUCAGGGAAAUGGCGAAUGUGAGAAUGAAGGCGAUCAAAGACAGUUUGCCCGAGAGACCCACGUUCAAAAUGCCCAGCCUGCCCAAGCUGGGGUCGUCGCUGAAGCUAAACGAGGACGGAAUGAGUAAGGCCAUACCUGAGGCUCCGGCACCAAAGGUUGACAACGACGGAUCCUCGACUCUGGAUCGGGUUCUGGAGACCUUGACUGGAGACAUAGUCAUUCUCGGCGGAUAUCGAGGCUCGAUUCUGCGAUCGGCGGAACCUCCGCAUCACCAGCUGUGGGCUCCUGUCAAGAUUGGGCUGAACAUGAGGAAAGUCGAUCUGGAGGUGGGCCUCGACCCCGAGGAUGAGGAAACGAUGGAGAAGCGCAUCAUCCCGUCAGGCAUGCUGCAAAACAUUGGUCCAAUUGACAUCUCCAAGAAGCUGUUCAAGAAGAUUGGCGCCUGCGAGAACGUUCGGAAAGGAAAGCUGCGAUUGUGGGACUACGGCUACGACUGGAGACUGAGCCCUCAUCUGCUGUCUCGAAAGAUGAUCGAGUUCCUGGAAAAGCUCCCGUCGAACCAACCGGGCUCCAAAGAGCCCAGGGGAGCGUUGGUCCUGGCGCACAGUCUCGGAGGCCUCAUCACACGUCAUGUUGUCAACCAGAGGCCUGACCUCUUCUCCGGCGUGGUCUACGUUGGCACCCCUCAACGGUGUAUCAACGUUCUAGGACCCCUGAGAGAUGGCGAUGCGGUACUCCUGAAUGAGAAGAUCCUCACUGCUCAGGUCAACUUUUCGCUCAGGACCACGUUCGUCUUCCUGCCCGAUGACGGUUUAUGUUUCGUCGACAAAGAGACGAAGGAGGAGUACAAGGUCAAUUUCCACGACGUCAACGACUGGAUCAAAUACCGUCUUUCGCCUUGCAUUGAACCCCCGUUGCCGUCGCUGACUCCCAAGGAAAAGUCAACAACCUUUGGUUCUCUUCUGUCGGUUCGCAGCCGCAGCUCAAGCGAGAAGAAACAGAACCAUACACUGUCGCCAUCACUCGCUGACGCGGCGCGCAGGGCAGAGCUGGCCCGCGAAGGGAACAUGAACCCGCAGAUCGAUGGCAACACUCCCAGCCAGGCCCCGAACACGAGGCCGUCACCAUUCACCAAGGGGCCGCCCGGGGCGCCGACGCCUGCCAACCGCGCCAGGAACCUCGCCUAUCUCCAGCGCGUGCUGGCCGAAGUGAAGCAGUUCCGUACCGAGACACAAUUCAAUCCAGAACUCUCGCGAGCCAACGCCUACCCUCCCCUUGGCGUCAUCUACGGCAAGGAAAUCCCCACUGUGUACGCCGUCAAGGUUGCAAGCCGCGAGGCCAUCGCCCACGCCGGCGCCUACGACGACCUCAUCUUCCGCGCCGGCGACGGCGUCGUCCUCGCGCGCGAGGCACAGCUUCCCGAAGGGUACGAGUUAGUGCGUGGCGGGCGUGUCAGCACCGAGCGCGGGCACCUGACCAUGCUCGGCGACAUGCCCGCUGUUGGCAAGGCGUUGGAGGCCGUCGUUCGGGGCCGGCGGAAGGGUAUCGGCCUGGGAAACGCGACCAAGGAAAAGCUCCAGAGGAGCAGCGUCGUUGAAAGCUAGAAGUUCAUCAUCACCCGGUCGUGCAGGCUUUGUCUGGCCGGGCUAGGCAAGAACCAAUAUACCGGGAUGGGGCCAGUGCCAUCGUGCCUCGGUGCUGGGGCGUCUACACCGUAGCAUUCGUUGUACAGUAGUAGUAGAUUGUAGCAACAGGAUCAUGAACAUGUG